GACACGUGGGACUACAUUAUCGUGGGUAGUGGCGCUGGUGGCAUACCGCUUGCUGACCGUCUCUCCGAAAGUGGAAAAUCCGUUCUUCUGCUAGAGCGAGGUUGGGCUUCGUCAGGGAGAUGGGGAGGACCCCGCCCGGCUUGGCUCAACGGAAGCAAUUUGACUCGAUUUGAUGUUCCCGGGCUGUAUAAUUACAUCUGGUCAAAUCAUACCGAGAACGCUGGAAUCCUAUGUCCGGAUUAUUCGGCGACGGCCAGUUGUGUGCUUGGUGGCGGGACAGCAAUUAAUGCUGGACUGUGGUACAAGCCUACAAAAGAAGACUGGGAUUUGCACAUGCCACCGGGAUUCCAGUCCCGCGAUGUAGGCGCUGCAGUAUCGAGGGCGUUCUCCCGAGUUCCUUGGACCGACAUUCCAUCUACAGACGGCCGGGUAUAUGUUCAGGAUGGUCCAAAUCUUGUGAUUGGCACUCUCACUAAUAACUCCCUCGCACGCCCAUAUAAACUCAUCCAAGCGAACGACAAGCCAAAUGCUAAAGACAGAAUCAUAUCUCACACCGAACAUUUCUUCCUCCAUGGCGAACGUGGGGGUCCAAUGGCCACGUACCUCGUCUCCGCAUCCCGAAGACGGAACUUCAAACUCCAAAUGAACACCACCGUAUCUCGAAUCAUCCGCAACGGGGGCUUCAUGACAGGUGUAGCCGUCGAAUCCACCAGUCCAGGGGGUUAUACUGGUACUAUCAAUAUCACACCCAAAACUGGCAGAGUCAUCCUCUCGGCCGGCGUCUUUGGAACUAGUAAAAUCCUCAUCCGCAGCGGCAUCGGGCCUAUUGAUCAACUCUAUGUUGUCAAGAACUCGCCUGAUGGCGUGAACAUGCCUGCUAAAAACGACUGGAUAAAUAUUCGUGUGGGGUAUAAUCUUGACGAUAGCCCAGCAAUUUACAUAGCAGUCACGGCACCGGGUGUCCAGACUUACGACUACGAAUCUGCAUAUAAUAAUCCAAUCCUUGCAGACGCAGAACGGUAUUUGAGGAAUAGGACUGGUCCGCUUGCGCAGGUCGAACCGAGUAUUGGACCGUCGUUUUGGGAUACUAUUAAAGGCGGCGACAAUAAGACCCGCGUGGUUCAAUGGAAUGUUAAUACUGGGAGUUUAAACGGAGUUCCACUAAUAGUCCUCUUCGCAUACCUCAACCUCGGAAAGACAUCUCGCGGACGCCUAACCCUAGACUCCAACCUUCACAUGAACGUUUCCACACUCCCCUACUUCAACGAUGCAGGCGACAACGAUUUCAAGACCUUACUUGGCUCUAUAAAAGACGUUGCAUCCAUCCUGAGCAACAUCCCAAACUCAACCUUCUAUUUACCACCGACUGGAACGAAUAUCGAUGAUUAUGUCCGAGGCGUAACCACCACCUCCAGCGCGCUCCUAACCUCUAACCACUGGACGGGCACUACGGCCAUGGGCUCUGUCUGCGACUCUAGCGUCGUUGUCGACACAACGACAAAGGUUUGUGGGACCCAGAACCUGCAUAUAGUGGACGCGGGAAUUAUUAAUGGGGUUCCGAGCUCGAAUCCCCAGGGUAUGAUUGUGAGCGUUGCGGAGCGAGCUGCGGAGAUAAUACUCGGUCUGGAUUGA